UAGGAAAUUCGGCGCGCGAAAGCUGUAGCAGGAAGUGAGUGUCGGAGGGGAAACGGCGGCCAGUCUGGUAUUUGAAUCUAUCAAACUACUUCCAUAAUCUACAAACAUCUACAAUAAUAUGGCAGACCCAAAGGACCAGGAAGAACACGACACCACUGCAGAUAAUGCAGAGGACUCUAAUCAUGAUCCCCACUUUGAGCCCAUCGUGUCCCUUCCUGAGCAGGAUGUGAAAACAUUAGAAGAGGAUGAGGAGGAGCUCUUUAAAAUGCGGGCUAAACUAUAUCGUUUUGCCUCUGAGAACGACCCACCAGAGUGGAAGGAGAGAGGAACAGGUGACGUCAAGCUGCUGAAACACAAAGAGAAGGGCUCAAUCCGCCUCCUGAUGAGGAGAGAUCGAACUUUGAAGAUUUGUGCCAAUCAUCACAUUAUGCCCAGCAUGGAGCUGAAGCCCAACGCUGGCAGUGACAGGGCAUGGGUGUGGAACACACUAGCAGAUUAUGCUGAUGAGUGCCCCAAACCUGAACUCCUGGCAAUACGAUUUUUAAAUGCAGAAAAUGCUCAGAAGUUCAAGGGGAAGUUUGAUGAGUGCAAGGAGGAGGUCAGAAAAAGUCUAGAGGGAACAGGCAACACUGAUAGCGCAAACAAAGUGGCAGAGAAGCUGGAGGAACUCUCUGUAAAGGAUAAGGCAUCCGAAGGAAAGGAAUCGGUCAAAAAGGAGACCGAGAAGAAAGAAGACGAGAAAAAGGAGGUGAAGGCUGAGGAGAAGAAUUGAGAACCCGGAACUUGCUUUGCUGAUCUUCAAUUUAUCAGUUUUUCCUCUUUUUCUACAAUAGACUCUAAAUGAACUGAAUUUGGACACUUGCAUAUUAUUAGUUUUUUUUAUCUGUUUUGCCUCAAGAUCACAAGUCCUUGAUGCCACUGUGGGGAAAAUACAAGAUAGUGAAUUUAUGAGAAAAAAAAAGAGAAAACAAAGCCCCCAACCCCUUUUCCCCUCUUUGCACCAUGGAAUGCCACGCUUUCCAUCCUUGUCAUCUACAGUUCAAUGUUACAUUUGACAAACUGUGAAAAGAGGCUUGUGAUAGUGAUAAUUCCCACAUUGGGGUAUUUUUUUUUUUGUUUUGUUAUUCUGAAGCAGAGUUUGUUUGGAGGGGGAGAGGAUAAUGUAGCCUGCUUGUUAGCAGCACAGGGUCAGGGACCAGGCAUUAUGGAGGUGCAUUACACAUACAAAAUCCCAUGAUGCAGCUCAGUGGGCCUUAUUACCUUGUCCACUGUCCAUGCUUCCACUGUUAGAGACAGCAAGUAAGGCGAAGACUUCUCAGUGGAUGCCUUGUAGAAGUAGUUCUUUCCUUGUUUCCUCUUUUCAUUAGUUCUGUCGGGAACUGGCUAGAAGAGGAAUCCACUCCACACUGUUGAGGGCCAUCAGAUGGCGCGCUGCAGAUCGCAGUGUCCACUGAUAGCUGACUGAUUAGGAGAUCAGAUGCACUUAGCAAAGCAUUUCAUCUUUUUCCUUUUGUUUUAAUUAUCUGGAAAGCAUCAAGUCCAAAGUCAACGGUUCAUCAGAAUUUGGUGCAGCUGCGCUCUGACUUAAGUUCCUCACCAAGGAAAUCCAGUUUGUAUUCUUUAGAUCAUAACAUUCCCAGACUUUAAGCAUGUAGAGUAUAUGUAACAGAGUGUGCCCUAUCUGAUCUGUGUGCUCACCACCCUAUCCUUCUCUUCCCACUAAUUGAGUUCUUAACCUUGCCUCUAAAGUGCAUCUAAGUGCCAGUGCAUCUGUAAAUACAUGUAUAUGGAUGAAAUGUUGCUUUUCAUUUGCACUCAAAUGAUUUGAAAUGUUUCCUCCACCUUCGAAUAAAAGCUGUCAAAGACCAAA